CAACCACCGACUAGAAAAGCCGUCGGUGGAUCUCUCUCAGAUCUAAGCUCACCGGAUCUAGUGUUCUCUGAACCUCAUCUCCAUCCAACGCGCUGUUGCAGUUGCUCUUGAUCCGACGCGCUUUGCACUUGCUCUCAGAUUGCAGCUCUUCGAAUCUCCGAAAAACGCUUUUAUCAUUUCCAGGGAGUUAUCGAACGGCGGUCAUGCUUCACCAUUCUGCGAUGAGGAAUCAAAGAAGCAAAGGGAUCAAAGUUAAGCAGGUGUUGCAGGUAGCGGUGCUUUUGGCUGUGUGCAUUUGGUUGAUUUACCAGGUCAAGAAUUCAUAUGACAAGAAGGAUUAUAAUGAAGCAGAGAAAAACAAGGCUAGUCAGGGAUAUGGAAACAUGAAUUUGGGGCGUAAAGAGAAAGUGGGAUUCAAUGGUGGGAUUGAGAUGGAGAGCGACCAUGGGAACUCCGAAAACUCCGAACGGGUUGAAGAAAAGAUGGAUGAAGAUUCACAAGACAACACCACGGAUCAUGAAGAGGGAGAGAGUGAAAAGGGGGAAGAAGCGCAACAAGAUGAACCACGACGAGAUGAAGAAGGGAAUGUCAGUGAUCAAAUAAGAGGUGGAGAUGAAACGGGUUUGGAAAAGGGUGAGGAAGAGGCUCUUGACAAGGGUCAUGAAGAUUUGCAAGGCAAUGCCACAGGGACUGAAGAGGAAGAGAGUCAAAAGCAGAAAGAAAAUCAACAAGAGGAAACACAAAGUAAUACGGAAGAUGUCACCAAUACUCAAGGUAAUGAUGAAGCAACAGUCUCUGAAAAGGCUGAUGAAGGGGUUACAAACGAACAUGAAGAUCCAAAGGAAAAUGCAGCGAAUCAUGAAGAGGAAGAGAGCAGAAAAGAGCAAGAAACUCAACAGGAUGAGAGUCAACACAGCAAAGAAGAGAACAGAAAUGACAGUAUCGAAGUAAAAGAGGGAGAGGAAGCAACAGUUUCAGACCAGGAUCGCCAUGAAGAGAAUGAAAAGGAGCAAGAAACUCGACAUGAGGAAACACAUGAAGAGGGUGAAAAGGAACCAGAAACUCACCCUGAGGAAACACACACUGAUGAAGAAGUCAACACUGACCGUAGAGGGGGAGAUGAAGCAACGGUUCUAGAUAAUGGUGCCGGGGAAGAGAGGAGGGACUCUAGUAGAAGUGUGGAGGAGACUUUGCUGUUACAGACGAAUGGAAUGGACAGCCAAACAGCAAAUGCGAUUGGUGGCUUUCCUGAAGAAGGAAAUCAGUCUGCAAGUUCCAUGUUUAAAGAGACAGAAGGUGGCCAUCAGGGAGUAGCAAGUUCCGACCAAGAGACUGCAUCAGAUUUGGAUAAACACACCCAAUCCGGUGAAAAUGCAGUGCCAACAACUGAGGAACUUUCCAAUUCAUCUCCUUCCAACAAGCAAAAUGAAAUGGAUAUGCGAAGGAGCGAAGAUAAUGGAGCAACUAGUUCAGCUGAGGAGACUUUUUCGGAUUCAGAUGGCCACACCCAAGCUGGUGAAAAUACAGAACCAAGAUCUGAGUUACUCUCCAAUUCAUCCCUGCCUGGCGGCCAUAAUGAAAUAGAGGUGGCAGCUGAAAGGACUGGUCCUGAAGCUGAGGCUGUUCAAUCUCAAGAAGGAAAUAAUGUUUCUGAGGCAGUAAGCACUGGAGAAACAAGUUCCGAGUCUGGUAAGGACUUGGUGGACAGAACUACAGAAACGCAGCACGAAGAUAGUAAGUUGGAGUCUUCCAAUAGUAGUGGAACGAGCAUCAGUGGGACACCAGAAACUGAGCAAGAAAAUAAUGCAGCGUCCGAGUCUUUGGAACCAAAGGUGCUGGCACAAAAUGAAGCCGAAAGUUGAGCAAGAAAGGGUUCAAAAAGCAGUUGGGGCUUUACACUGUAGUUCCCACAUCUCUUCUGUUUCAUUGACUACUUGAAUCUCAUCAGUUACGAAUCUUCUUGUAUCUUCUGUUUUCUUGUUGAGAAUCUUGAUUGGAUAAAAACUUUCAGAGAAGUCCUUCCAAAUUUGAUACAAGAACCCUGUUCUUUUUCUAA